AUGAUACCAGCCUUCUCUCCAACUCUCUCCACAGCACAAGAGGAGUCAGUGGCCACCUACAAAGGCAACGAGUUUUUCAGCUAUGAUCUGUCUCAGACACCCAUCCAGAGCAGCCUGGAUGAGAUUACUUUGUCCUUCCGCACACUGCAGAGGAACGGCCUCCUGCUCCACACCGGGAAGUCAGCUGACUAUGUUAACCUAUCCCUGAGGAGUGGCGCUGUGUGGCUGGUCAUCAACCUCGGCUCCGGGGCCUUCGAGGCCAUGGUGGAGCCUGCCAACGGCAAGUUCAACGACAAUGCCUGGCACGAAGUCCGCGUCACACGCAACCUGCGCCAGGUACUGUAGCCCUCCUUUCUCUCCUCCUUCAUAUGCUCAGCAGUAGUUCUAUCAUUCAUUAUUACAGGAAGAGUUUCCUUUUCUACUUUAAGAGGGAGUAAUAGUGUCAUUAUUUAGCUUCCAGUAGUUGUGAAUGCUUCCUCAUCAUGGGCAUCCAAGGGAAACCAAUUAUACUGUCAGCUUGUGAUUGAAUUAUGCUAAUUUAGGACUGAAAAACAAAGAUGAAUAGAAAACAAACAAUAUUCUCAAUUUGCUUUAAAAUAUCACUGUUUUAGGCUUUUCUAAUUUAACCCUCAAUGUAUCAGUCCCAAGCCGAACUCCAGUGACUCAUACCCCAAUCAAUGCCACAAGUUUGGCUCUCUCAAAAUAAUGUCUCCAUAGGUGAAAAAUGUUGAUGCCGUGUGAUGUUUCGCCUUCUUAGUGAGACUAGUCAUGUUGAGGUGUAGAUUGUUGUGGCUGAAAUAACUUGGAACUUGUGGAUUGAUUUCUGGGUCAGUCUCAUUGAGUCUCAAUUCCACUGUGUCAACAACAGUGUAGUAAUCAAUAAGAGUUUUUCAUGUACAUUGGAUUUGUCAUGUUUUUACAUAUUAAAGGUGCCUUUAUAAUUCCAUGUUUCCAACUUUAAAUGUUACUUUACAUGUCAAUGUGUACAGUGCUGUGGGUGAGUUUAUCCUGUGGAAGGAUACCACUAUUUUUUACUGAGCUGCGAAUAGAGUCUGAUGAAUGGUCCAUAUAGCUAGAUCUAUCCUCUAGGGUUGCACUUCAACAAAACCUUUGAUCUUUGAAAGCAUACAGCCAUGUAUUUCACAUUUGAAUCGCUGUACUAGCUUUACACCUUGUUAGGAUUAGUCAGUGACACACUCUCCUGCUAACCCUGGUCCUGCCUGCUUUCCCCCACAUUAAGCCUGUCCAACUCCACUCUGUCUGCCCAUUUUAUGGUUAAUUGCUUUGCUAACUCUGUCUUGUAUACUAACUAACUUAACUCUUUAAAGGCUCCAGGCUUUCAUUUUCAUCCCUUCAGUUGUUCUAUUCUUCAUUAUUUCACCUCUCAAAUUACAUUUCCACGCAAUUUUGAUUCGUAUUACUGGUAUCAUAUUGAAUGAAGACGAAAUCUAUGUAGUGAAUAUUAUUUUAUAAGGAAUGUAUACACAUCCAGCAUGGACAUGCUAUGGUAAACAUAUGAUAGUCACUUUUUGAAUUUUGUUUGGUUUGCCUGUUAUUUUUUCCCAGUAUCUCUUGAUUUUUGAAUCAACAAAAGAAAUGACAAAAUUGGCUACAAUUUCAAGGUGGCAUUCAACAUGCUAAUUUUCUUUUUAUAUUCCACAAAGAUCAUCAGGGUUAUUUGCCACCUACAACUCACUUCCGACUGACAAUAAGUUGCCUAUCACUGUAUCAGAACAUAAGAAAUUCUAUAAGAGAAUUCUGUUUAGAGUAGACCUGUGCUCCCAAUGGAUCUGGUUAGUCCCCAUUGUGGGAAACAGGUAGGGAACAAGAAAGAUGCAGAGCCAUAAUACUAACAAGCAUAAACCUUUAGUGGCUAUCAAAUAAGUGUCAGGCACUGUGUAACAGUAUGAGUGAGUGAGUGAGUGAGUGAGUGAGUGAGUGAGAGAGAGAGAGAGAGAGAGAGAGAGAGAGAGUGAGUGAGUGAGUGAGUGAGUGAGUGAGUGAGUGAGUGAGUGAGUGAGUGAGUGAGUGAGUGAGUGAGUGAGUGAGUGAGUGAGUGAGAGAGAGAGAGAGAGAGAGAGAUCAGUUAGAUUAGACAAAAAAAAUCGUAUUCUCUUUUUAACUUCAAAGCUGGACUUCCCCGCCUUCUAAUCCUAAAGUUUUCAAACUUGUUAGUAUGCAUAGAGGUAAAUCGAUUCUGUUUCUUCUUCUUUUAUUCAUUCUGUUGCAUGCCUCCACUAACAUCAACUGUACUGUAUAUAUACAUUAACAGAAAUCUACAGACUGUAUGUACAGUGGGGGAAAAAGUAUUUAGUCAGCCACCAAUUGUGCAAGUUCUCUCACUUAAAAAGAUGAGAGAGGCCUGUAAUUUUCAUCAUAGGUACACGUCAACUAUGACAGACAAAAUAAGGAAAGAAAAUCCAGAAAAUCACAUUGUAGGACUUUUAAUGAAUUUAUUUGCAAAUUAUGGUGGAAAAUUAGUAUUUGGUCAAUAACAAAAGUUUCUCAAUACUUUGUUAUAUACCCUUUGUUGGCAAUGACACAGGUCAAACGUUUUCUGUAAGUCUUCACAAGGUUUUCACACACUGUUGCUGGUAUUUUGGCCCAUUGUUUAUAUUUGAGCCAGGGUGUAUUUGUUUUGUUGGGUUUUGGUUUGGUUAUGUUGGGUUUUGGGUGUAUUUCUAUGUUUGCAUUUCUGUGGGGUUUAUUUCUAGGUUUGGUCAAUGACUCCCAAUCGGAGGUAACGAGUGUCAGCUGUCGGCUCGUUAUCUCUGAUUGGGAGCCAUAUUUAUUCUGCAUGUUUUCCUGUGGGAAUUGUGGGUUUUUGUUCCGUUUCGGUUAGUUAACCGUGGACUUCAUGAGUCGUCUUUUGUUUUGUAUUUUGUGCGUCAUCUAUUAAAGUCAUGUUCGCCACAAACGCUGCGCUUUGGUCCGCUUCCUUUCAAGACGGCCGUGACAGAAAAACCCACCAUCAAAGGACCAAGCAGCGUAUCCAGGAGCAAAGGGUCUGGACAUGGGAGGAGAUAUUGGACGGAAAAGGGUCAUGGACUUGGGAGGAAAUCCUGGAUGGGAUGGAUCGCCGUCCAUGGAGCGAGACAGUGGAGAGGCGACGGAGAGAGGAGCAACGGCGUCGGCAGGGCCAUCGUCGGAAGGAUGAGAGGCAACCCCAAAAAAAAUUUUGGGGGGGGCACAUGGCUUGGGCGGCUGGGCAGCAGGAGGCUGCCACAGGGAGAUGUGGAGAGAAGGCUUUCGGAUUACGGGAGCCAUUGGCGAGUAGAGGGAGGGAAGUUGUUGUGGCACGGCGUGAGAGACUGAGGUAUGUUACCAGUCCGGUCCGGCCCGUUCCUGAUCCCCAGUUAAGGCCAGUGGUGUGUGUUCCCGGUACGGGACCGGCCUGUUCCUACUCCACGCACCAGGCCCACGAUGUGCGUCGCCAGCCCAGCUCGGCCUGUUCCUACUCCACGCACCAGGUCCACGAUGUGCGUCGCCAGCCCAGCCCGGCCGGUUCCUGCUCUACGCACUACGCCUGUGGUGUGCGUCACCAGCCCAGCCCGGCCGGUUCCUGCUCCACGCACGAAGCCUACGGGGUGCGUCGCCAGUCCAGCCCGGCCGGUUCCUGCUCCACGCACGAAGCCUACGGGGUGCGUCGCCAGUCCAGCCCGGCCGGUUCCUGCUCCACGCACGAAGCCUACGGGGUGCGUCGCCAGCCCCAGCCCGGCCGGUUCCUGCUCCACGCACCAGGCUCAUGGUGUGCGUCGCCAGCCCAGCCCGGCCUGUUCCUGCUCCCCGCACUAGUCCUGAGAUGCGUGUCCUCAGCCCGGGACCACCAGUUCCGGCACCACGCACUAGGCCUUAUGUGCGUCCCCAGGGUCCAGCAUGCCCUGUUCCUGCUCUCCGCACUAGGCCUUAUGUGCGUCCCCAGGGUCCAGCAUGCCCUGUUCCUUCUCUCCGCACUAGGCCUUAUGUGCGUCCCCAGGGUCCAGCUUGCCCUGUUGCUUCUCCCCGCACUAGCCCUGAGAUGCGUGUCCUCAGCCCGGUACCUCCAGUUCCGGCACCACGCUCCAGGCCUACGAUGCGCCUCAGACGGCCAGAGUCUGCCGUCUGCCCAACGGGGCCUGAACUGCCCGUCUGCCCAAAGGCGCUUGAACUGGCCGUCUGUACUGAGCCUGCAAGGCCGCCCGUCUGCCAUGAGCCUUCAGAGCCGUCCGCCAGACCGGAGCCGCUAGAGCCGUCCGCCAGACAGGAUCAGCCAGAGCCUUCCGCCAGACAGGAUCAGCCAGAGCCUUCCGCCAGACUGGAUCAGCCAGAGCCUUCCGCCAGCCAUGAGCAGCCAGAUCCGUCGGCCAGCCAUGAGCAGCCAGAUCCGUCGGCCAGCCAUGAGCAGCCAGAUCCGUCAGCCAGCCAUGAGCAGCCAGAUCCGUCAGCCAGCCAUGAGCAGCCAGAUCCUUCAGCCAGCCAUGAGCAGCCAGAUCCGUCGGCCAGCCAUGAGCAGCCAGAUCCGUCAGCCAGCCAUGAGCAGCCAGAUCCGUCAGCCAGCCAUGAGCAGCCAGAUCCGUCGGCCAGCCAUGAGCAGCCAGAUCCGUCGGCCAGCCAUGAGCCGUCCAGCCAGGAUCCGCCAGAGCCGUCCAGCCAGGAUCCGCCAGAGCCAGCCAGCCAGGAUCCGCCAUUGAGUCCGGUGCUGUCCCUUAGCCCGGUGCUGCCCCUUAUCCUGGUGCUGCCCCUUAGUCCGGUGCUGCCCCUUAGUCCGGUGCUGCCCCUUAGUCCGGUGCUGCCCCUUAGUCCGGUGCCGCCCCUUAAUCCAGUUGGGUUUAGUUGGGGGGUGGUCAUGUGGAGGAGGCUACGGAAGCGGAUAGUGACUAAGGUGGGGUGGGGACCACGACCAGGGCCAGAGCCGCCACCGUGGACAGACGCCCACCCAGACCCUCCCAUAGACUGUAUGCUGGUGCGCCCGGAGUUCGCACCUUUAGGGGGGGGUACUGUGACACUCUGGCUCCGGGACGUUUAUAUUUGAGCCAGGGUGUAUUUGUUUUGUUGGGUUUUGGUUUGGUUAUGUUGGGUUUUGGGUGUAUUUCUAUGUUUGCAUUUCUGUGGGGUUUAUUUCUAGGUUUGGUCAAUGACUCCCAAUCGGAGGUAACGAGUGUCAGCUGUCGGCUCCAGAUCUCUCUAGAGCAGUGAUGUUUUGGGGGCUGUCGCUGGGCAACACGGACUUUCAACUCCCUCCAAAGAUUUUCUAUGGGGGUUGAGAUCUGGAGACUGGCUAGGCCACUCCAGGACCUUGAAAUGCUUCUUACGAAGCCACUCCUUCGUUGCCCGGGCGGUGUGUUUGGGAUCAUUGUCAUGCUGAAAGACCCAGCGACGUUUCAUCUUCAAUGCCCUUGCUGAUGGAAGGAGGUUUUCACUCAAAAUCUCACGAUACAUGGCCCCAUUCAUUCUUCCUUUACACGGAUCAGUCGUCCUGGUCCCUUUGCAGAAAAAACAGCCCCAAAGCAUGAUGUUUCCACCCCCAUGCUUCACAGUAGGUAUGGUGUUCUUUGGAUGCAACUCAGCAUUCUUUGUCCUCCAAACACGACGAGUUGAGUUUUUACCAAAAAGUUCUAUUUUGGUUUCAUCUGACCAUAUGACAUUCUCCCAAUCCUCUUCUGGAUCAUCCAAAUGCACUCUAGCAAACUUCAGACGGGCCUGGACAUGUACUGGCUUAAGCAGGGGGACACGUCUCGUACUGCAGGAUUUGAGUCCCUGGCGGCGUAGUGUGUUACUGAUGGUAGGCUUUGUUACUUUGGUCCCAGCUCUCUGCAGGUCAUUCACUAGGUCCCCCAGUGUGGUUCUGGGAUUUUUGCUCACCGUUCUUGUGAUCAUUUUGAACCCACGGGGUGAGAUCUUGCGUGUAGCCCCAGAUCGAGGGAGAUUAUCAGUGGUCUUGUAUGUCUUCCAUUUCCUAAUAAUUGCUCCCACAGUUGAUUUCUUCAAACCAAGCUGCUUAUCUAUUGCAGAUUCAGUCUUCCCAGCCUGGUGCAGGUCUACAAUUUUGUUUCUGGUGUCCUUUGACAGCUCUUUGGUCUUGGCCAUAGUGGAGUUUGGAGUGUGACUGUUUGAGGUUGUGGACAGGUGUCUUUUAUACUGAUAACAAGUUCAAACAGGUGCCAUUAAUACAGGUAACAAGUGGAGGACAGAGGAGCCUCUUAAAGAAGAAGUAGAGCCAGAAAUCUUGCUUGUUUGUAGGUGACCAAAUACUUAUUUUCCACCAUAAUUUGCAAAUAAAUUCAUAAAAAAUCCUACAAUGUGAUUUUCUGGAUUUUUUUUUCUCAUUUUGUCUGUCAUAGUUGACGUGUACCUAUGAUGAAAAUUACAGGCCUCUCUCAUCUUUUUAAGUGGGAGAACUUGCACAAUUGGUGGCUGACUAAAUACUUUUUUCCCCCACUGUAAGUGUGAUUUCUCUUUCCAUUUUACUUAAUGUGAAUAAUUCAUAAUUACAUGAUUAAUAUGCAUCACCUGUGUCCACACUCACAAAGCAACCUUUAUUUAAACCAAAAUGAUGAGGUUUGCCAAGUUUUUUCUAUUCAUACUAAGAUGAUACAUUUCCAAUUACUAAUAGUCACUCUUCUCUAUCUACUAUUGUACUAACAACCAUUUUUGUGUCUGAAUCUUCCGUCCUUACUAACAGACCCCCUUAACAUCUCACCCCAACCUGCAUACAAACAUUCUCGCUCUUCAUUAUCCCGAGCCUACCCUCACCCAUACUCCACUGCAUUUGAUCCUGCAUACAUUGCUCUUCUUCUCGGAUAGCUUCUGGUUACCACACUGACAUGCCGAUAGAGAGAAAUGCACCUCCUGUGGGAACGCUAGUGGAAACAGUUUUUUUUAACAAGCCCUGGUGGUCAGCUUUCACAGGCUAGAUUCCUCUUAUCUUUCUCUCUCUCGCUGUCUCUCUCUCUCUUGAUCUUCCCCUAUCACUUUCUCUCUCACACCCUCAAUCACACACUCUCUUUGACACACACACAAUCUCACCUACUCCCUUGUUCAACCUUGCCUACAAUCGAAGCUACAGACUCAUAGCAGCUCUAAACAGCAACAGCAGACAUAAAUGUGUUGCCCCAUGAGGGAAGUGCAUUUAAAACCAGGAAUUACCAAUAACUACAUGAAUGAUCAGACCAGGGCAAUUCCUCAGAGUGCAAGUGGCAGGGCCUUGCUCUUCUCAGAGAGGACCCCUGGGAAAUGUAGUAUUUGUCAGUCAGCAGUAAUGUUCUGCAGCAUUCACAGAAUAUCAUUAUAGUAUAAACCACGUACUUUACAGUAUUACCAUUUCAGUCAAAGCUGAGCCACAUACUUUACAGUAUAUCUCAUAUAUAUGUAAUAAACUCCUCUUAAACCAUUUAAAUGGAUUAUAACACCUUCUGAAACCAUUGUUCUCCCAACAAUGAAUAAUAGAUUUGGUAAAUUUUUCUUCAGCUAAUUGGUCCGUUCAUUUAUUCUUCCUGUCUCUCUGUAUUGAUUUGAGAUUGAUUAGACUCAGCCUCAACUGUCUGAUUACCGACGAUGGACUACUGUAUCUGUCAUCGAAUGGGUGCCAUCUCAAAUCCAAAAUAUUGGUGAAAUGAUCAUAUCAUAAUUUGCUCAUCGACCCUGCUAAUAUUUUGAGAAUAGAGAAAAGGAGGAAGCUUCUGAGAUUGGCGGAGUCCUCCAUCUGCACUCAUCAAUUCACCCUGUAGAUCUUACAUCUAAGGAUUCGACUAAAUUCAAAGGCCAGCAUUUAACGCAAAAAAAAAAGCAGUGGAUGUUUGCUGUUUAAUUCAUAUUCUUUCCGCAUUUCCCACUUGUCUCUUUGUUUCUGUUCUCUCUCUUCCGCCUUUCUCCAUCCCUCUAUUUCUCUCUGGUCACCCAGGUGACCAUCUCUGUGGAUGGGAUCCUGACCACCACUGGCUACACCCAGGAGGACUACACCAUGCUAGGCUCAGAUGACUUGUUCUACAUUGGCGGGAGUCCCAACACAGCUGACCUCCCUGGCUCCCCGGUCAGCAAUAACUUCAUGGGCUGUCUCAAAGAUGUAAGUACUGUGUUGUUCAGCAGCCCUCAUCAGGGAACUCUGAUCUUGGAAUACACAAAUACACAGUGCUUUUGUUGAGCUGUUUUCAGAUUCACAAACACCAUUCACUUUGUAAAAUGUCAGCUCUUUUAGGUAUGUGCCUGUAACGUAGACACUGGGAGUCAAGAAGCAGGUGGUAAGUUUAAUAUAACAAAGAACAUGGAAGGAUACAACAUAGGAGUAGCGUCUUGACAUGAAACACAGAAACAAUACUGGCUGGGGAAAGAACAUAAGGGAAUGCCAGCUAAAGGGGAGGUAAUGGAGUCCAGGUGUGCCUCAUGAUGAAGCACAGGUGUGCGUAAUGAUGGUUACCAGGACCGGUGGUUAGUAAACCGGCGACGUCGAACGCCGGAGGGGAUGAUGUUGGGAUCCAGAAUGUCCUCCACCGGAACCCAACACUGCUCCUCAGGGCCGUACCCCUCCCAGUCCACCAGGUACUGGAGCCGACGCCCACGACCUCACGAGUCCAGUAGGGAUCUCACGGCAUAGACGGGACCUCCCUCAACGUCCGGGGGGGCGGAGGGGUGUCGUGUGGGACAGCAUCAGCCAGGAGACCAGGAACCACCGGCCUGAGAAGGGAGACAUGAAAAGAAGGUGAGAUACGGUAGUCACUGGGAAGCUGUAACCUAUACGUCACCUCAUUGACCCUCCCGAUAACCUUUAACGGCCCCACAAACCGGGGGCUUAGCUUCUUGCAGGGCAGGCGGAGUGGGAGGUUCCUGGUAGAGAGCCAAACACGAUCACCAGGAUGGAACACGGGAGUCUCACAGCGGUGGCGGUCUGCCUGCUCCUUCUGACGGUGGACGGCGUGCUGGAGUCUCACGUGAGCCUCGCUCCACACUUCUUCUGCGAGCCUGAACCACUCAUCCACCGCAGGAGCGUCGGUUUGGCCCGGGGUCCACGGAGCCAGGGCCGGCUGAAAACCCAGAACACACUGGAAGGAAGUCAGCCCGGUGGAGGAGUGACGUAACGAAUUCUGGGCGUACUCCGCCCAUGGAAGGAAUUGGGCCCACUCUCCCUGCCGGUCCUGGCAGUGACUCCUCAGGAACCUCCCCAGCUCCUGGUUCAUCCUCUCCACCUGCCCAUUAGACUGAGGCCUAUACCCAGAAGUGAGGCUGACCGUGACCCCAAGCUUCUCCAUAAAGGCUCUCCAUACCCGUGAUGUGAAUUGGGGGCCACGGUCGGAGACUAUGUCCUCCGGAGGGCAAUAGUGCCGGAAGACCUGCUGGAACAGUGCCUCAGCGACCUGGAGAGCAGUAGGGAGACCAGAGAGAGUGAUGAAACAACAGGAUUUGGAGAAUCUAUCCACAACCACCAAAAUGGUGGUGAAACCGUCAGAGGAGGGGAGAUCAGUGACAAAGUCAAUGGAUAGAUGGGACCAGGGACACUGAGGCACAGGAAGGAGUUUCCCUGCUGGAGCGUGCCGGGGAGAUUUGGUUUGAGCACAUACGGAACAGGAGUUGACGUAGCAAAUAACGUCCUGCACCAAGGUAGGCCACCAAUACUUCUCGGAGAUAGAUUGAGUGGUACGAGAAAUACCUGGAUGUCCAGCGAUGACAGCUGUGUGCGCCCAGGUCAGCAGCCGAUCCCUUAUCCUCGUGGGAACGUAGAUGCACUCAGGAGGACAGGUAAUGGGUGCGGGCUCCCUCUCCAGAGCCUGACGAAUGUCCACAUCUACGUCCCAGACCACAGGGGCUACGACUCGAGAGGAAGGGAUUAUGGGUGCACUCUGGACAGGACCCUCUCCCGAAUUGUAGAGAUGGGACAGGGCAUCGGCUUUGGUGUUCUUUGAACCUGUGCAGCUUGAAGUCAAAUCUCGUAAAGAAAAGGGCCCACCUUGCAUCGCGGAUUCAGCCUCCUCGUUGUCCGUAUGUACUCCAGGUUCAGAUGGUCGGUGAGGAUGACGAAUGGGUCCUUGGUGCCCUCCAGCCAGUGUCUUCACUCCUCUAAUGCCUACUUCACCGCCAGGAGCUCUCGAAUGCCGACGUCAUAAUUCCUCUCUGCAGGGGACAGUUUCUUAGAGUAAUACGCACACGGAUACAAUUUUUGUGGAUUACCUUGUUGUUGAGACAGAACUGCCCCCACGCCCACCUCUGAAGCAUCCACCUCCACCACAAAAGGUAUCGUGGGAUCUAGGUGUUUGAGCAAUGGGGCGGAGGUGAAACGUCCCUUCAGUAGGCAGAAGGCCUCGUCAGCUGCUGGACUCCACACCAACCUACGGGGACCACCCUUGAGGAGAGAGGUGAGAGGAGGGGCAAUGGAGCUAAAGUUCCUGAUGAAACGGCGGUAGAAGUUGGCAAACCCCAAAAACCGUUGUAACCCCUUUAUGGUGGUUGGGACUGGCCACGACCUGACCUCAUCUACCUUCUUGACGUCCAUCAUCACUCCUUGCGGGCUGAUCUGGUAGCCUAGAUAGGAGACAGCUUCCUGAUGAAACUGGCACUUCUCAGCCUUGACAAACAGUUGGUUAGCCAGGAGGCGUUCCAGGACUACUUGGACGUGAGCGAUGUGAUCCUCCAAGGUAGGCGAGUAGACCAGGAUGUUGUCGAUAUACACGAUCGCCUGGCGUCCGAGCAUGUCCCGGAACACCUCGUUGACGAAUGCCUGGAACAGUGACGGAGCAUUGGCUAAGCCAAAUGGCAUCACCAAGUACUCGUAGUGACCAGACAUCGUGCUAAAAGCUGUCUUCCAUUCAUCCCCCUCUCAGAUGAGAUUGUAUGCACUCCGCAGGUCCAAUUUGGUAAAGAACCGGGCCCCUCGGAGCUGUUCGAUGGCUGCCGGCACCAACGGCAGAGGGUAACGGUACUUGGUGGUGAUCUCAUUGAGUGCUCUGUAAUCAAUACACGGACAUAAACCUCCAUCCUUCUUUGCCAUGAAGAAGAAUCCUGCAGAUGCAGGAGAAGUGGACGUGCGGAUGAAACGUUGUUGGAGCGCAUCCUGGAUGUACUCCUCCAUGGCCUUGGUCUCAGCCACCGACAGAGGGUAGAUGUGUCUGUGAGGGGGCGCAGAGCCUGCAAGCAGGUCGAUGGCACAGUCCCAGAGGCGAUGAGGAGGGAGACAGGUGGCGCGGGUUUUGGAAAAUACCUCCCGCAGGUCCUGGUAUACCUCCGGGAUGUUGGGCUGAAGGGCAAGGCAACCACAGGACUCUCAACCGAUGUGGAUGGUGGGGUUGAAGCCAAGGGAUGCUGAGGAUGAUAUUGUGAGAUGGUGAUGAAGAAAAUAAUGUUCUCCUGAUGAAUGAACUCCAUGGUGAAGGUGAGUGGUUUGGUGAUGUGUCCCGGAACCUAAUGGCUGAUUAUCGAGGGCUUGAACCGGGAAAGGAGAAGGUAAUAUGAGGUGAUGUUAAGAGAGGAGGCAAGGGUCUGGUCAAUAAAGUUCCCCGCGGCACCGGAAUCCACUAACGGUGUAAAAACAGUACGAGGGACAGUCAACUAGUGUGAUUGACACCAAAAAGGGUUUGGCAGAAAGUGUUGAAGAGGGGAUACUCACACCUGCCCCAGGAGGUGGAAGAUCAUGUGACCGUCCCUCUGCUCUCGUGGAUCCCGAGUUGGAACGUACCAGACAUUGCUGGAGCUGGUGCCCUCCUUGACCACAAUAGAGACAGAGCCCCAGCUGUCUCAGUCUGCGUCGCUUUGCCGCGGGGAGGCGUGUGACCCCUACCUCCAUGGAUCAGGCUCUGAUCCAAUGUGUUCACUGAGGGAGGAAGAGAAAGGAUGAGAGUGCCGAUGCUCCCAAAGUAGGUUAUCCAGAUGGAUGGCCAUCGCGAUGAGUGCGUCCAAGGAGAGGUUGUCGUCUCGACAGGCCAGUUUCGUCUGGACCUCAUCUGAAUAGCGCACGAAGCGCCGGCUCAUUCCAUCCGCUGGAUGCUGCUACUGUUUGGAAGGUGAGCGCAGCAGUCUGGUCAUCCUGCCGUAGUUGGAGUAGGCGCUCACCCCCCUCUCUGCCCUCCACUGGAUGAUUGAAGAUACCUCUGAACAGAGCCUUGAAUCCCUCAUACGAAUCCAGCUCCUCCUCUCCUCUCUCCCAGACGGCCGUGGCCCAUUCCAACGCCCGCCCAGUCAAUAGAGAAAUAACCGUGGCAACCUUGGACCUCUCGUGGUGGGGGCUCCCUUCCGGUGUGCAAAGUAGAGGGAGCACUGUAGUAGGAAGCCACAGCAUUUAGAUGGGGUGCCGUCAUAUUUGUCCGGGAGGGACAAAUGGGCAUCGCUGACCUGGGCGGGUUGCUGAAUGGGCUGGUGUGCUCGCUCGCUGGGUCGACUGGUGGUAGAGUAUCCUCCACUAGUUGAAGGCAACGCCUCUCGGGUAUGUUCGAGAAGUUGAACACUGCAAAGAACCUCUUCCAUAGCCGUCCCCAGUUGCGCCAGCUGGUCGUGGUGUUGACUAAGUAGGUAUCCCUGCUCGUCGACCGUCUGGGAGAUAUUCUGAUUACCUGCUGCUUCCAUUUUGCGAGGCAGUAUUCUGUAACGUAGACGCUGGGAGUCAAGAAGCAGGUGCAGGUGGUAAGUUUAAUAUAACAAAGAACAUGGAACAAUACAACAUAGGAGUAGCGUCUUGACAAGAAACACAGAAACAAUACUGCCUGGGGAAAGAACCUAAGGGAGUGCCAGAUAAAGGUAAUGAGUGAGGUAAUGGAGUCCAGGUGUGCCUCAUGAUGAAGCGCAGGUGUGCGUAAUGAUUGAUGCCAGGUGUGCGUAAUGAUGGUUACCAGGUGUGCGUAAUGAUGGUUACCAGGACCGGUGGUUAGUAAACCGGCGACGUCGAACGCCGGAGGGGAGGAGCGGGAGUAGCCGUGACAGUGCCACUUGGAAUUUAGAUGUUAAACCUCCCAGUGCAUCACACAGGAAGAACAUAGCACGUUUAUAUUUCUACAUUUAGUUAGUUGCUAAUUAAUGACAGAUUGUGACUUUGAACACAUGCAGUGCCCUUAGUGUUCAGCUGUGUCCUAAAGAGUCCUAAUGUAGAUAGCUGUGUUUCAUAUGCAUAUCCCCUGGUAAUUGGUCAUGUAUGAAUGUAGCUAUGGCCUUGAAUUAUAUAAUAGCAUGACUACCUGGAUAUGAACUCCAGACUUGCUAUUCUGUUGAAUAAUACAGGUUCUAUUUUCCGGGAUUAAUUACACUUCUGCACUGACACCCCACCCCCACCCUCCCUAGUGACUGCCAUGACCUUCCUCGCUAUCUCUCUCUCUGUCUGUCUGUCUCCCCCCUCCCUUCCUAUCGCUCACUCUCUCUGUCCCCCCUCUCUCGUUCUUUCUCUCUCUGUCUCUCCCUCCAUCCCUCCCUCCCUCCCUCCCUCCUACUCUCUCUCAGUCAGAGAACAUCUGUAAUUAAUACUAUGUUAGUGAGGUCUUAGCUUUACCAUCCUGACAGCCAAUUUAGACAUUGAUUUCCUCCAUGGAUUCCCAGGCAGCACGUCCCUCCCUAUGUCUCUGUCUAGUUGACCCUCCCAUGUAUUAAUCAUGUCUGCCUCUUCAUUGAUUGUGCCAUGCUUCUCACUGCAUCAGCCUCCCAAAGUCUUUGUCCUGUUUUUUACAGGAAUCCUAAUAACUAGACCAAAGAUUUUUAUAAAUAAACCAAGAUAGACCAAAGCCUGUCGUUUCAAAUGGGAACAAAUGAGUCAUAGUGGGCAGAACAAGUAAGGCGGUGGGCAGAGCCAAGCACGAGCUAGCGAGAUCCUAUUGGCGCGUUCUAGCCUACAUUUGCAUAUUUCCGUUAAGGAACGCCUACUCUGUGAAGUGUGCAUGUGCAAUAACUCAAUUCACCUUUGCACUCCUUCUAAACAACGCACUUUUUUUGUCUACAAAACUUAGCCCACUCUGUUCGUAACAGAUUCUAGUUUUGGGAACAGAAAACUGUGUUGUGAUCAAAUGUUUCAUAGAUUAGAAAAUUUGCAGCAUGUCGGUCAAAAUCCAUCUCGUUCCAUCUUCUCAACUGCCGGCCACUGGGCUUCCUCUCACUACCAUAUAUGGUAGUGAGUGGAAACGCCAAGCGGAUGCUUCACAUUUAUACAUCUGGUGAAAUAUCUGUUUCAUUGUUCUAUCUGUGACUAUACUGUAUACUGCUACAGAUUUCUGAUGCCUGUUACAGUAGAACGUGGCGAUAGAUAUUGGACUUUGUCAGUGCUGGGAGGGGUCUUUGGGAAUUACUGAUACAUACCUACAGUGCUAUGAAAAUGUAUUUGCUCCUUUUCUUAUUUUCUCUAUUUUUGCAUAUGUUUUAGACUGAAUGUUGUCAGAUCUUCAACCAAAGGGAACCUGCGGAACAAAUAACACAAAAUGUGGAUACUUAUUUCAUUUAUUUAAUAAAAAGUGUUUGGCUUUCGCUAGACAUAACGGGACCCAUGUCGUCCAAAAAGUUGACUCAAGUUUGCCAAAAAGCACCUGGAAGCACCUGGAUGAUCUGGGUGAUGGUUUGGGGAAGCGUUGCUGCUUCAGGACCUGGAAGACUUGCCAUCAUUGAAGGAACCAUGAAUUCUGCUCUGUAUCAGAGAAUUCUAAAUGAGAAUGUCAGGCCAUCCGUCUGUGAGCUGAAGCUGAAGCACAGCUGGGUCAUGCAGCAAGACAAUGAUCCAAAACACAAGCAAGUCUACAUCAGAUUGUCUAAAAAGCAAAACAUUAAACGUUUUGAAAUGGCCUGGUCAAAGUCCAGACAUAAACCUGAUUGUCCAGACAUAAUCCUGAUUGAGAUGUUGUGGCAGGACCUGAAACGAGCAGUUCAUGCUCGAAAACCCUAAAAUGUCGCUGAGUUAAAGCAGUUCUGCACGGAAGACUGGGCCAAAAUUCCUCCACAGAGAGACUGAUCAACAACUACAGGAAGUGUUUGGUUGCAGUCAUUGCAGCUAAAGGUGAGACAAGCAGUUAUUGAGUGUAAAGGGGCAAUAACUUUUUCACACAGGGGCAUUGGGUGUUGCAUAACUUUGUUUAAAAAUGUAAUUAAAUAAUGAACAGCAUGUUGUGUUAUUUGUUCACUCAGGUUCCCUUUAUCUGACAUGAGGUUUUGGUUGAAGAUCUAAGAAUAUAUUCAGUGUAGAAAAUAUGCAAAAAUAGAGAAAAUCCGAAAGGCAAAUACUUUUUCACAGAACUGUAUUUAAUCACAGGCUCAGCAAUGUAUGAUUGAUGCUACCAAAGGAGAUAGAAAUGUUGAGUGUCAUCAAAAUUCUAACGUAGGGUGAGAACAAUUUUGUACUUUUGCAUCUAUGGCUGAAAUAGACUCAACAAUUGCAUUUUUCAUACUUAGGUUUUAUAUUCUUCUCAUUAGAUUUUAUUUAGGUCUGGCAAUUACUGGUAAUGGUGCCUUGUGAAACCAAGCCGCUGCCUAGUGUAUUUUUAAACAGAGGGACACUAAAAUUCUCAACCUGGAGCAGGGCGCCAGUCAGCUUUUUGACUGCAAGUGUGGUGUGAAAAUGAAAAACAUGUUCAGCUGUGCCUCCCUGCUGCCUCCAUCUGUACAUGAGAACAGUGCACAUGUGACAGACAGACCGUCAGACAGACAGACAGGGAGAUUCUCAUUAUGGUCUAGUUCUGUCAUUUAUGAGAGCUUGUGCAUUUUAUACACUUCAAUGAAUGACAAAUUGUUGCAUGGAUUCUAAGGUUUGGUAUGGAGUACAAUCACAGAAAAGAGUGCGGGUUAAGGUAAAUAGCAGGACAGAAAGUGGUCUUUCAGCACACCGCAGCCACCCACUCAGUGACAGUCCUGUCCCCUGUCCUACAGGUGGUCUACAAGAACAAUGAGUUCAGGCUGGAGCUGUCUCGUCUGGCUGCAGAGCGGGACCCUCAGGUCAGUGUUCACGGCGACCUGACCUUCCACUGUGAGGACGUGGCGGCCCUGGAGCCGGUCACCUUCGACACGCCCGCCGCCUACCUCACCCUGCCCAGGUGGAAAACCAAGAAGACUGGCUCCAUCUCUUUUGACUUCCGCACCACGGAGCCCAGCGGCCUGCUGCUGUUCAGCCACGGUGACAGGCGUCUGCAGGGCCUAGACAGACAGCCGGAGGGGCAGUCCAGGGCUGACUACUUUGCUAUGGAGCUCCUGGACGGCUUCCUCUAUCUGGUGAUGGACAUGGGCUCUGGCAGCAUCAAGAUGAAAGCCAGCAACAAGAGGGUCAACGAUGGGGAGUGGUGCCAUGUGGACUUCCAGAGGGAUGGGCGUAAGGGUGAGAGAAAGCACACAUGAUGAAUCUGGUCCUAAUGAGGUAGCAGGAAUAGCAAGGGUUAAAUCCUACUGGCUUGUGAAAUUAAAUGUACUAUACCCAUACAGACACACUCAUAUUUUGGCUUCUUCUUCAUGUUUCUUUGCUGCAUUCAGAGAUGCUGCGUGCAUAUCCCAUUUUAAUUAGUCUUAUUUUUAGCAGCUAUAAUCUAUGUAUGACAUUUAGUAAAUUGCCUUAACCUAUUUCGCAAGUGGCCAAUUAUACUGUCAUCCACCUCAUGUGGGGAAAUGUCUGCCCUCAUUAGCCGUGCUCCGUGAUUUGAGCCAGUGUUGCUUACAGCUUACUAUUAACAGAGAAAUACGGUACGACAAAGACCUGAGACAUUCCUGUUCAUUAGUCAUUUCAUAGUUUUACACCUGGUGUACCUUGUGGAUUAUAUUCUAUAUUAUACAGUGAGAUUAUACAGUGAGACAGCCUUGAUACUAGUUGACUCACUCUGACUGUCUUGCCUUCAGGCCUGAUCUCAGUGAACAGCCGCAGCAUACCAUUCUCUGCUAACGAAGGCAGUGAGAUCUUAGACCUGGAGGGUGACAUGUACCUCGGGGGUCUGCCUGAGGCACGUGAGGGCCUCAUCCUCCCCCCAGAAGUCUGGACGGCCCCCCUCAACCUGGGCUACGUGGGCUGCAUGCGGGACCUGUUCAUGGAUGGGCGGAGCCGGGACCUGAGGAGACUGUCAGAGAUUCAGAGUGCCUCUGGAGUCAGCAGCUUCUGCACCAGGGAAACACACAUCAGGUGUGGCAGAGACAUCUGUUCCAACGGUGGGCAGUGCCGCGAGGGCUGGAACCGGCAUGUGUGUGACUGCACCAGCACGGGCUACCUGGGCCCCAACUGUGAGAGUGGUGAGAGAGAGGAUCAGCGGAAUGUAGAAAUUAUCUCUGCUUGAAAUGAUACCGCAAAGCUUUUAAAACAAGUUUUAUGAUAUUUCAUACAGACAAUGGAGAUGAAAUCCCUUUUAUAUGAGUCAUUCAAGUGGUAAAUUGCCACUCUAUUAGUGAAUUGGCGGUAUGUGAGGAAUAAAUAGGUGCUGUGUAUCAGUGAUUCAUCAGUAUUGCGGUGGUGUUCCAUAAAUCUGAAUAACCCGGCAUCUACCACAGAUAUCAUUCUCACAGAGAGAAUAGGAGCCCCAUUGUGAAGCCAUAUAGGCUGAUAACGUUAGGAGGGAAAUAAAUGGAAUCCUCAUCCUAUUUGUGGCCUGAAUAUAAAUCUAUGAGAGGAGGAUGAUUACAGAGGCUUCACAUAAGAGCACUGUGGUAUGUUACAGGCUUUUCCUGCCAUCUAGUGUGGCUGCAGGAAACUGCAAUCUCUUCAACAGGCAUACAAAGAAACUGUUAGAUAUUGUUCAGCAAAGAUUGUAACUGAAAUAUGAGUUGAAGUAAAACUCUCUGAUCUUCAUUUGAUAUUUUAUUCUGAAUCAUGCGCUUAUUCAGUAUUGGGUGCAAAGGAAUAUAUUUCCUACUGUAUGGGAACAUUUGUGACAAAGACAUUUGCUAACGCUGUCUCCCUGUCCUUGGUGCCCACACACAGAGGCCACGGUGCUGAGCUACGAUGGCAGCAUGUAUCUGAAGGUGACGCUGCCGUUGAGCAUGCACACGGAGGCCGAGGACGUGGCGCUGCGCUUUAUGUCCCAGAGGGCCUUUGGGCUGCUUGUGGCCACUACCUCCCAAGACUCCGCUGACACCCUGCGUCUGGAGCUGGACGCGGGCCGGGUCAAACUCACCGUCAACCUGGGUAAUGCUAACAAUGCUAACGGUAUAGGCGUAUGA